CUCUGUACUCAGCACGUGCGAUUUGUUUGGGUACGUUUUGCUGCGCGAUUUUUCCGGCGUUUGUUUAGUGAAUUUGUUUGUCUACUGAAAUAAUUACACUUUAUCAGCAUUAUAAUGGUAUUUUUCACCUGCAAUCACUGUGGCGAAUCUGUCAAGAAACCGUCUGUUGAGAAACACUACAAUACCAAAUGCCGCGGCGCUCCAAAAAAUGUUUCUUGCAUGGAUUGUCUAAAAGAUUUCCACGCAGAGGAGUACGUGGCGCACACUAAAUGUAUUACAGAAGCGCAAAAAUACUCUGGCAAGGAUUACGUACAAAAGGAGCCAAGGAACUCAGGUGCCAAAAAGCAGGAGAGCUGGAUGGACAUUAUACGCGCCAUACUCGACUCGAGCGAUUACAAAUUGAGCCCACAGGCACGCGGUGCUUUUGAACGUUUACAGAGUGUGGACAAUGUGCCACGAAAGAAAGUGAAAUUCCAAAACUUUACCAAAAAUUGUAUGCACAUGCCAGUGCGUGUAACUGAGGAAGUAUGGAGUGUGCUGGAAAAAGAGCAGGAAAAGAUGAAGUUGGCAAAACAAAAGGAAAAUGCAGCGGUAACGAAAAAUGGCGUAGACAAACCAGCACAAAAUGGUGUGAAACGUGAAGCAACUCGCGAGGAGCAGGGCGACGAAGAGCCAGCUAAGAAAAAAUCUAAAAAGGAUAAAAAAGCCAAAACUGAAAAGUCUCAGGAUCGUGAAGAUGUAGCGGAUGAGAAUGUUGAACCAACGAAGCCAGCGAAAUCAAAGAAAGCGAAGGCAGCCGCAAUAGACGUGGAAGCUGAAGCUGCAACUAAUGGGGACAGCGAACCAGCCAAGAAGAAAUCGAAAAAACAAAAGACAACCGCAAUUGAAGUGGAAGCUGAAGCUGCAACUAAUGGGGACAGCGCACCAGCCAAGAAGAAAUCGAAAAAACAAAAGACAACUGCUAUAGAAGUGGAAGCUGAAGCUGCAACUAAUGGAGACAGCGAACCAGCCAAGAAGAAAUCGAAAAAACAAAAGACGCAAACAGAAGAGCUAAUCGUAGCUGAAGAGCCGGUUAAUGAUACAACGUUGGAAGCGAAUGGUGAAGUUGAAUAUGAUUUCAAAUGGAGUGUUGUGCUAGAGAAAAUUGUGCGAAAGAAUGCAGAUGGCAUUGCGGUGGAAAAACUAAAAAAACGCAUAUUAAAAAAAUAUUCUACCAAAGUUGGUGGCGCAGAAUUAACGGCGAAACAACUGAAAACAUUCGAGAAGAAGUUUGAGAAGAAUUUGAAAAAAUCGCCAGCCUUGCUGGUGGAAGAUGGCACCGUAAAAGCUUGCUAGACGAGCGAAAUUAAAUUAAAUUUAUUGCUGAGUGUUUUUAAUUUAUAAGACAUUAAUAGAGCCACUGAAAUGUACUAGAAAUUAAUUGCUUUGUAUUUGUAUACAAAUAUACACUAGUAAAUAGAGA